UUCCUGAAAAUUCACUUCCCUUUCCCUGGAAAAAAAGAAAAGAAAAGCUUACAGUCUCCUCCACCACCAUCUCCCUGCCCCCACUCCAUCCCAGGGCCUGGGAAUGCUUCCCAUGGUCCCUCCUCCACCCUGGCCCGCCCCCUUGGGACACCUCCCAGGGCUCCCAGCCUGGCUCCAGUCCAGUCCGGCCAGUUAUAAAGGAGAAGCUGCCAGCCACUGGCGCACCUGGCUCCAAGAGCUCCCCUGGGGACCAACCAAAGUCCCAGUUCCACCUGCCAGCCCUUGAGCAUCCAGAAGACAGAAGGCUCCGGGGAGACAGCUGAGGUUCGGACCCAUGGAGACCUCGGGGGAGCCGCAGAAGGACGAGAAGCUCAUCGAGCUCUUCCACUCCUUCCGGGACAUGUUCAACUUCUUUUGCUCCAACACCACCAUCCACGGCUCGGUGCGGCUCGUCUGCUCCAGCCGCAACCGGCUCAAGACGGCCUUCUGGAGCCUGCUCUUCCUGGCCACCUUCGGCAUGCUCUACUGGCAGUUCGGGCUCCUCUUCGACCAGUACUGGCAGUACGCCGUCAUCGUCACGGUGUCCGUCCGCUCGGAGCCCAAGAUGUUCCCGUCCAUUACGCUCUGCGACAUGAACCCUCACAGGUCCCAGCUCGUGGACCAGUACCUGGAGAACUUGGAUGAAUUUGCCCAGGAGAACAUCUAUUCCUUAUACAAACUAAACAUCACUCGAAGACAAGCAGGGGGUCCAGGCGGUCCAGCUGCCAGCCCCAAUUCCAGCUUGCCCUUUCAUCUCGACCGAAGGAUCUAUCUGGAGGAGCUGAAAGAGGGGAACAUUCACAAAGUCGGGUUCAGGCUGUGUAACAGCACAGGCGGGGACUGCUUCUACCGCAACCACUCCUCAGGCGUCGCUGCCAUCCAAGAGUGGUACCAGUUCCACUUCAUCAACAUCAUGGCGCAGCUGCCCCACCACAAUGAGACAUCCCCCAUAGACCACAAUGGCCACUUCAUCUUCAGCUGCUGCUACAACGGGGAGGCCUGUCAGAAGCAAGACUACGAGAUCUUCCAUCAUCCUCUCUAUGGGAGCUGUUACACCUUCAAUAGCCGAGGAAUGAAUGACUUCUGGAAGGCCAAACGGCCUGGCCUCACUCAUGGAAUCAGCCUCAUUCUCAAGGCCGAGCAGAACAGUUACCUCCCACUGCUGUCCACCGAGGCGGGGGUCAAGGUCAUGAUCCAUGCCCAGAACCAGGUGCCUUUCCUGGAGCACCAGGGCUUCAGCAUCCGUCCAGGCACCGAGACCACCAUCGGAGUGCGGGAGGUGAGCCAGGGGGCCGGAGGGGCCGCUCUGGGCCUGAGCACAGCGGACAGCACGGAUGACCAGAGCAGAGAAUGUCGUCGUCAGAGGCAGAGGACCUGGCUCAGGAACUCUGCUGCCUAG